UUCAGAAUUCAGAUAUUACGAGUAAAGGAUGGAAUUAUGCCUGAGCUGAGAGUAUAUUUGAGUACAAUAUAAACGAAAUAUGUCAAGUAAACAUGGUUUGCACGAGUUUACACGAGUUCAUAAUAAUAUUUUUAGCGUAUCGAUAAUCCUUUGGCAAACUUAUAAAAGAUAAUAAGUUAAGAUAACUAUUUUAUUAUACCUUGGCUAGUAUCUAUAAAAUAUCUAAAUAAUCAUUCCGUAAACAAGGAGAAAUAGAUUAAGUAAUACAUAUUCCUUCCAUCAAAACAUAAACCGUACCUAUGCUACUUAUAUCAAUAAGGGGUCCAGAGAUAAUAAGAUCACAAAGAUCCACUAUUUAAAAAUAGUUACAAGAUUAUACCCAGGAUUAUACUACGUAAAACCCUCAUUGACUUCCCCUAAAUGGAGAACUUCUCAGAGAGAGCCGAUGUCGUAUAGCAGAAUAAACAGAAAGCUUCCCGAUUUCCAUAACGGGAUAUAGAGUAUGUAUAUUUUAGGUGGGUUUUAAAUAUUAUAUUAAUGCUUUUUAUGUUGCCCGAGGCCAGAACCUCAAGAACUAGAAAAAUGCAUUAUGCUUAUUAUAACUAUAUCUGCUACAUUAAUUUCUUUCAUUUCGGCAUUAUUUAAGUUCACUAUUAAUUUAUUAUACUGUAUUAUUGCAUGAAAGGUGCAUUAUUAUUUUGAUAACCUCUUGAAAUUCCAUGACAAUUUGAAAACAAGCGAUUUUAGCCCUUGUAUAACAAUUUUAUCAUAAAUUGAAUUCUAAAAGGAAGCGAAAUGUAUUGUUCUUCAGAACAUUCCACAUAAGCCUAUCCUAACGACUUAAACGUAAGGUCCAAUUUAGGACUAUGUUAAGUACGUUAAAAGAAGUAGCUAAGUAAUAUUUUUUAUUAAUAGAGCACCCCAUACGGCUGGACUAUUUAUGACGAUUUAAGGAAAUAAAAUGUGUAAUGUGUAGUGCAUAAUGUCCUGCCAAUAGAAAAAGUAGGGGUCUUGUCUUUUUACCAUAGCAAUGACGGUAUCAAGGAAAUAUAGGAAAAAUAUGCACCAUAUGCGUGCAAAUUAAAAAAGAACAUGCACCAAUAAGUUUACUUUUAUAACAAAGAUUGGGGGUUCCAAACUACAGCAAUCGAGUUUCGUGACAUAAUAGACGAAGCACUAUUUUGUUUAUGCCUUUGAAAGACCAAGAAGUGGCAAAAAUAUUUACCUUUUUUUGGCGAUAGCUAGGUCCUGUCAAAUGACUGACAGCCGUAUUGUCAAAAUUUAGACCAGAAUGUUGUAUUGGGACAAUGCAUAAAUAAAAUACAUACGAAAAUGUAAAUAUUGAUGUCGUUUAUAAAUCCGUCAAUUAUAAUAUAAUUAUUCUUUAUGAAACCCUAAACAUUACUAUUGUAUAAAAUAAUCAACACGAUGCAUUGAUCAGUGAAACAGUGCAUAGAGAGAUCAAAGAAGUGACUAAUUUGUAUUAUGCGUUAAAUAUUUUGUACAUUAACAAUUUUGACGCAUUACAUGCAUGAAAGGUCUGAUAAAACAGAUGGAAGUAAAAUGCAUGGAUCUAGGCGUGUUAUAAUAUUUUGUCUGUUAACAACAGUUUUGCCAACAAUACUCAUUGUGUUACCUCUUUAUUUAAGAAACUUUAAAUAUGCUGAUGUUAUGUACAAGAUAUCAGACUCAGAUGUUAUACAAAUCCAUAAAGGACAAUCAUCAAUUUUUUGUGAAAAACAUUCUUUGAAAAUGAAUUCUACAUUCAGUGCAUUCCAAAUGAAAGGUACCCCAGAAAUAUCUGAUAAGAGAAAACAUAUAAGAUUAAAGAAGUCAAUGACGUUACUAGAUGAUACAUUAGAGUAUUUUGGAUUUUAUUUGUUAAAAGGUGCUUCAGUAGAAUUAAAUGCUUGUUCUCGUCAUAAAGGUUCAAAAAUUCUAGUUGUUAAAGGAGAUAGAAUAUUGAACACAUGUGGUAUUUUAGAAGGAUAUAAGCAUAAAAAAGUUCAUCCCAAACUUGAAAAUGGAGUUCUAGUCACUCUAGAGAAACCUGAUGAUAAGAAGAAAAUUAAUGAUACAAGUUAUGAUAAGAAAAAUGAUAAUGAUAAUACAAUUGACUCUUACAUACAUAAUGGUAUUGAAGACAGUGAUGACACAAGUAAGACCGUCCAUGUAGAGCGUGAACGGUCAAAGAGGGAUAUAAAAAAUUUGCCCUUGCAUAAUCCAAAUACUUUAUUGGAUACGGGUGUAUACCAUGGUGGCAAUUUAUUUAAUAGCACUAUCCAACAACAAACUAUGUCUAGGCUGGAGAAUAACUUACAUGAAUGUUAUCAUGACAAGAUUUUAAUAGACCAUUUAUUUCCUUACUCAUCUCAGUGCAACAGCACAAAUUACUUAGAAAAUACUACAACUCUCAAAGUGGUUCAUGAAGUACUGCUUGAUGCAUAUUACUAUUAUAUAUUCUAUACUGACGAUGGAGUUAACGACAUUCACGCCAUGUUUGAUAUCUAUAAGCCAACAUUCCAAUAUGUUAACAAUUCUGAAUCAAAGACUUGUGUUAAUAAAACACAAUGUGAAUUUAGCAUAGAUUUUUUUAGUGACGAGUUAGUUAUAGUAGAGAAACCUACUAAAGAAGGUUUACAAAAUGAAGACAGUGAUUCUUCUAUUCUGAUAUCCAUCUGCCACCCUCGAGUAUCUGUUUAUAUACUAUUCCCUGUAUCAGUCCUUUUGCUGAUACUCCUUUUUGCGUUUUUAUGAUAUUUGUUGAAAGUUUUAUUCCAUUUAAUUUUAGUUAAUAUAAACAUUACCAGAAGUGUGAUAUUAAUUUAUUAAGUUUUUAGAGUAUAUUGUUGAUGUUAUAAAUGUUUAAAUAAUGAUGUGAUAAUGGAUUCAAUAAAGGAAUUGUAAUGCUA